CCCACCCUCCGGUCUGGGCCGCACUCCAGGGCGUCUGUAAACACACCCAGAGACUGUCAUGGAGGGGGAGGAGGAGGCGGCGGCGGCGAGGGGAGGCGUUCUGGGCCGCCUCCAGGGUCCGCUCUGCCAUUCCUGAUCUGGUCCCUCGUCCCCGUGACUGUGGCAUCAGGGAAGCGAACUGUUUAGGCGAGAGGAGGAGGCAGUCAGAACCAUAUCCCCUUCUUCCCCGGGGCGGGGGCCGGGCCGAGCCGGCUGAGCCGGGGGAGGGCCGGGGGAGGGCGCGCCUGGCCGGGCCGGCCUGUCUGCCGAGAUGGAUGACAGCAAGGUGGUUGGAGGCCAAGUAAAGAAGCCCGGUAAGCGUGGUCGGAAGCCUGCCAAGAUCGACUUGAAAGCAAAACUUGAGAGGAGCCGGCAGAGUGCGAGAGAGUGCCGGGCCAGAAAGAAGCUGAGAUACCAGUAUUUGGAAGAGUUGGUAUCCAGUCGAGAAAGAGCCAUAUGUGCCCUCAGAGAGGAACUGGAAAUGUACAAGCAGUGGUGCAUGGCAAUGGACCAAGGAAAAAUCCCUUCUGAAAUCAAGGCCCUCCUCACUGGAGAAGAGCAGAGCAAAUCUCAGCAGAACUCGGGCCGGCACAGCAAGGCUGGGAAGGCGGAUGCCAACAGCGGGACCUGGUGAAGAUCAUAAAACAGUGAGUGAGCAAUUGAAGCCAGCGUUCUGAUUCCUAUGGAGGAAGAAUGGAUAAGACUGUACUUCUUGGCUCUGUUUACUACCUGCCGCUCAGUAGUCAUCUCUGUAAAUCUGCAGUUGCCACCAAAAUGUGUGAUCGCAGUUCUCAACGACCUUGCUUCAACUUGUAACACUUAGAAAAUGUACAUUCACAUGUGUUUUGGUUGGUAUUGCCACCCAUGAUAUUUAACAUUUAAUAAUGCUUGAAGUCACAGUUGAGAAAAAUGGGUGAAGAUUGUAUUUUUGCACCUUAACUCCAUAUUGCUUUAUGGGUUAUUUAUAUUCUUUCCAUGUAAUUAAUUGUAUGUGUGUAUGUGUUUUGGUGUCAGCAUCUUUCAUGUUUUUGAUUGCCCUACCAAGAGAAACCCAAUAGGCUGGUUGCUAAAUUCUCAGCCUUUAUGGACCUAAUCUUGUUUCUUUGUAUCUACCUGAGUAAUGUUUGUUUUCUGCAUGAACCAUGAUUUCUCCUGUGAGCCAUUCCAGCAUAAGCUGUGAAUACAUAUUAACAUAUAGAGACAUUUCUAUUUUUAUAAUCCACAAUGAUAUGCCUGUUUUAAAUAAUGCACAUGUUAUAGCCCAUCAGGAAAAUCCUUAAGACAGCCACUGUGUUAAACCUUUUUUGCUGUCUUUUCAAACUAUAUUUAUAAAGUAUUUGUUAGGGCCAAAUCCAUACUUGGAGAUAAAUUAGUCAGAAUUCUAUUUUUAACUAAGAAGUAACCUUUCAAGGUAUUUCAGAGCAUACAUUUUCU